AUGAAUGAUUAUGAAGUUGCGACAAAAAAACUUCAAGUAGCCGAGGACACUUCCAACUUGGAAAGUGAAACAGAACCAGAAAGCAGAUUAAGGAGCAAGAAGAUAAUUCCCGAUAUUCAGCCCAGCAGCACACGAGGGGAUAUAACGUCUUCAUCCGAUGAGGAGGAUAGCGACGCGAACAAAAACAGUCCUCCGUCUGGCUCACUUCUGGAUAAUUUGGAGCUGGACCAACCAUUGAGCAUUCCUGAAAUAAUUCCCGAAACUGAAGAGCAAAGCAAUCUAGAAGUAGGAAAUCAAGGUGAAACUGGAGACACCUCUUUUGUUGUUGUAAAUUCGCAGGAGUUAAAUGAUUUACGGCUGUUGAUUUCAAGGACAACGCAAAGUGUGCUAACUUUGUUGGAAAAGCAGGCUGAAGACAUUAAAGACAUUAAGGCUUUACUGAUUAAUGUGAAACAAAGGCCGGAUGGUAGGAAGGCUCCCAAUUUCAGUGCCAUUCCAAAAUUACCCCUCGACAACGAGGUAGCACUGGCGGAGUUUGAAUCUUGGCUCGAGGUGGAUUCAAAUCGCGAAUUACUGGUUGAAUAUUUGGCAUUUUCAACUGCGACACAGAUCGAGGCGAGCACUAGAAAAAUCUUGAAAAAAUUAUUUACGAAUGAAUUUGGCAGGCGAAUUAAUUUUACGGGUAAAGGAAACAAGACAUCGAUGAAAAACCUAAAACUAUUGGAAGUCGUAAAAGAAACCGUGCGAAGCGUCUUUACAGUUGAGUCCGUUCCCGAUCCCAAAAAUCCCAGCGGCCGUAUUCCCACCGAUGAUAUAAUUCAAACUGCAGCAAUGAAUUGGUUUCGUUCUUCAAAAAGUAGGUGCAACGACGACGCUCCCUCGGGAAUUGCAUCAUAAUCAUGGAUCGAGAUGGAAAAUCACCGAGAAACAUUAGGCGAAUAAUUGCAAAACGGGUUAGAGAGAAUCUCACUCGUGCAAAAAACAUACCUGCUAUUAGUAAUAAUCUUGUAAAUUUAGAUAUAUGUGAUUCUGUCGUUGAGGAUAGCGAUUCAGGUAGUAAUAUUAGCAAUAAUGAUAGAAGCAGUAAUGUUAUCCAUAAUAGUGACGAGCCAUUAGUUUCCGAUUCACUAAGCCACAAUGGUGUAGUAGAAAAUAAUAGGAAUAUUUUAGAUUUAACACGGGACUUGAGGGACUGGUCGCUUCGACAUAACAUAACGGGAGUAGCUUUAAACGAUCUUCUACGCAUAUUUAACUUUUAUCAAGAAUUUAGAUUUCUUCCAUUGGAUAGUAGGACAUUGCUUAAAAACUCAAUUAAAUACUCUAUGAAAACUAUCGGUCAGGGUCAAUAUGCACACUUUGAUGUUAUUCAAAAUAUAAAACGGCAAAUAGAUUCCAAUUGUAUUCUUGCUUCUGGUAGCGAAAUUAAAUUAAACCUUAUAUUUAGUUUUGAUGGAUUGCCCAUUUCUAAGAGUAACAGUAACCAGUUUUGGCCAAUUCAAGCAAAGUGUGAAGAAAGUACGUACGGCGUAUUUGUCGUGGGUUUAUUUUAUGGCAAGACAAAACCAGAAAGUAUUGACGAAUACUUGAUGGAUUUGAUAGCAGAGUUAAAAAGUUUGCGAGUUGGGAUUAGUUACAAUAAUUUGAAAAUAUUUUGUAAGGUUUCAAAAAUAAUAGCUGAUGCGCCAGCCAGGAGUUUUUUAAAGCAAUGUAAAAGUCAUAAUGCAUACAAUGGAUGCGAGAAAUGUAUAGAUCCAGGUUUCUGGAAGGGACGUGUAAUUUUCAGAACAUUCGAUAGUCCACUUAGGACAGAUCAAGAUUUUUAUGUUCAAAAAGAUAAACACCACCAUGUAGGCAUUUCCCCGUUUACGGAGCUUAAAAUUUUGAUGAUUUCUUCGGUUCCUCUUGACUACAUGCACCUCAUUUGCUUAGGUGUGGUUAGAAAACUAUUAAGAAGUUGGGUAAAAGGUCCAUUGCCAUUUAAAUUAUCUUCUCGUGAUAUUUCAACUUUAUCAAGUAAAUUAGUAUUAUUUUCGCAUAGUUGCCCUAAAGAAUUUUGUCGUAAGCCGAGGUCAGUAAAAGAGUUAGAUAUGUGGAAAGCGACAGAGUUUAGAACUUUUCUUCUUUAUACAGGACCCGUCGCUUUAAAAGGAUUAUUGUCGCCGAAAAAGUAUACACAUUUUUUAAAUCUUUGCGUAGCAGUCACGAUUCUUGCGCAAGCAAAUAAUUGGAACGAUUAUGCACGACAGCUUUUAUUGAAGUUUGUUAAAAAUGUUUCCAAUUUAUAUGAAGAAGAGUUCUUAUCAUAUAAUAUGCAUUCUCUUAUACAUAUUAGUGAUGACGCUUUAAAGCAUGGCCCGUUAGAUUCUUUUAGUGCUUUCGAUUUCGAAAAUAAUAUGCAAGUAAUAAAGCGCUCGCUACGAGCUCACUAUAUACCUUUUGAGCAAACUGUGAAUCGCACUGCUGAGAGAGAAAAUCAUAAGUACCAGUCCCCUGUGAAUUUAAAUAGACACUGUAUUAUAAAAUCGAACGGAAAGGAUCAUUGUUUUAUAUUAAAGGAUGGGAAAGUAGUUGUUAUAAGUAGUAUAAGUAAAGAUAAAAAACAUAUAAAUUGUAGAAAA